AUUGACCCGCUACCAGACUACCAUCGAAAUGGCCUCAUCGCGGUGUCGACCUUUGCACUUCUGUCGCUUGUAGCGACCUUGGGCAUGCUUUUAUUCAUGACUUGCCGACUCGUCUUCUGGCGCCGGUUCAGCACCGCCUAUCCAGGAUACAACCAAUACGUGAUUCUCAUUUACAACCUACUGAUUGCCGAUCUGAUCCAGGCGUGUGCCUUUUCGUUAAAUCUCUACUGGGUGUCAAACAACAAAAUAGACUCCCCCUCGGCUGCAUGUUUCAUGCAGGGCUUAUUUAUACAACUGGGCGAUCCUGGGAGCGGUCUGUUCGCGUUAGCCAUUGCCGCGCACACUUUCAUGCAAGCGGUAUUUGGUCGACAGAUAGAAUACAGAUGGUUUAUCUCCGGAAUCCUGAGUAUUUGGGGAUUCAUGAUCAUUAUGUGUAUCAUUCCAAUCGCCUCACACUUGAAAGCUCCGCAUCCGGUUUUUGCACCGACCGGAGCCUGGUGCUGGAUCAAUACUGGGUAUGAGAAGGAUCGAUUGUGGACACAUUAUUUCUGGAUCUUCGUUGCGGAAUUCGGCACUCUGGUUCUUUAUGGAAUUAUGUAUUUCGAACUCCGCCGAAGAAUCGCUGCCUCGCCUGCCCAUCAGUCACAAAAGCGGUUGAUUCGAAUCGUCAAUAUGAUGGUUAUGUACCCGAUCGCCUACGUUGUACUGUCACUGCCGCUAGCAGUCGGCCGCAUGUCGACGGCUCAGGGCCACACUCCCUCGGUGCGAUACUUUUGCGUCGCGGGCUCGAUGAUCACCUGUUCAGGGUUAUGCGAUGUGGUUAUGUAUACCUUUACCCGUAGAGCCCUGGCCGUAGAACCUGAGAACCGGACAAACCGAUCCGACAAUCUCAAUCCGUUCCAUCACCAAGACUACCGCAGCAACCACAUUGCGACGGUGGUCGCGAUGACUGCGCGCAAGGACAACGACGGCAUUUCCAUAGACCACCAUGAGUCCUGCGAGAGUAUCAUCGGUCUUAAGGAUGCCCGCGAAUCCACCGACGCAAUCAAACUAUCCGACCUUUACCAGAAAACCACCAUCGAGGUGACCAGCGAACCCGCCUAUCCCUCGGCAGCAUCUGAA